CAGCAUCGAGGACAAAAUGACGGAGUACGCCUACUCCUUCAUGGGCGGCGGCGCGGCCGUGAUGGUGCUGGGCACGGUACAGGUGGCGUGCUGGGCGGCGGCGGGCGCGCGCCAGGCUCACCGCGUGCGCCGGCUCCUCUUCCGCUCCAUCCUGCGGCAGGACGCUGCCUGGUUCGACUCGAGCCAAGCCGGCGAGCUCGGCAACUGUCUCACCGACAACGUGAUGAAGAUGCAGGACGGCAUGAGCGACCAGGUGAGCGUCAUGCUGCAGCUCGUCGUGAGGUUUGCGGCCGGCCUGGGCGUCGGCUUCUCGCAGGGAUGGAAGCUCACUCUCGUCAUCAUGGCCGUCAGCCCCCUCAUCGCCGGCACCGCCGGCGCCGUCUACCUGGCGUCGACGGCGUUGAGCAGGAAGGAGCUGGCGGCGUACGGGCAGGCGGGAGCCAUCGCAAGCGAGGUUCUCUCCAACAUCCGCACCGUCGUGGCGUUCGGAGGGGAGGCGCGGGAGGUGGAGCGGUACAGCCGGAGCCUGGCGCCUGCGAGCAAGAUGGGGCUGCGCAAGAGCUUCAUCAACGGCUUCGGCAUCGGGAUGACGAUGCUGGUCGUGUACGGGACGUACGGCCUCGCGUUCUGGUACGGCACCACGCUGGUGCUGGACCCAAACAGCGACGACUACACGGUUGGCACGCUCAUCACGGUGUUCUUCUCGGUGCUGAUCGGCGCGUCCUCGCUGGGGGAGGCCGCCAGCCAGAUGGAGUACAUCUCGACGGCCCGUGCCGCCGCCACCCCCGUGCUGGCGAUGAUCAAGCGCACGCCGGCCAUCGACAGCGCCGCCGAGUCGGGGCGCCGGCCCUCGUCCACCCAGGGGCACAUCCGCUUCAGGGCCCUCAAGUUCAGCUACCCGACUCGCCCCGACGUGCAGGUUCUGAAUGGGCUGGAUUUGGAGGUGCGGCCGGGACAGUCGGUGGCGCUGGUGGGGCCCAGCGGCUGUGGAAAGAGCACCUGCGUGCAGCUGCUGCAGAGACUCUACGAUCCCCAGGAGGGGCAGGUCCUGCUGGACGGCGACGACGUGCGGGAGCUGAACGUGCACUGGCUGCGGGAGCGAGUGGCGGUCGUGUCGCAGGAGCCGGUGCUCUUCGGCUGCUCCGUCGCCGAGAACAUCGCGUACGGGCGCGAGGGCGUGAGCCGCGGCGACGUGGAGCGAGCGGCGCGUGAGGCCUACGCCUACGACUUCAUCGCGGCGCUGCCGGAGGGGUUCGAGACGCCGGUGGGGGAGCGCGGGACGCAGCUGAGCGGCGGGCAGAAGCAGCGCAUCGCCAUCGCGCGCGCGCUCGUGCGCGACCCGCGCGUGCUCGUACUGGACGAGGCUACGUCGGCGCUCGACACGGCCAGUGAGGGCAUUGUGCAGGCCGCCCUCGACCGGGCUCGCCGUGGCCGCACCACGCUGGUGAUCGCUCACCGCCUCUCCACGGUGCAGAGCGCCGACACCAUCGCCGUGCUGGAGGGCGGCGCCGUGGCCGAGAUGGGCAGCCACGAGGAGCUGCUGCAGCGCCGGGGGAUGUACUUCAACCUCACCCAGGCGCAGUCGAGCGGGAAGGACGCGGGUGGAGUCGCUGAGCCGCCGCGUGAGAACCGCGAUGCGAGCGCGGAAGAGGGUCCCGGCGACCGCCCGGCGCUCACGGACAUCCCCGCGCCCGUCGCUCGCACGGACAAGGGGGCUUCACCGGACGAUAGCGAGGGGAUUGAGGAGCUCACGGUGGCGGCUGGAGAUGGCAACGACAAGGAGGAGCAGAAGGAGGAGGAGGAUGAGAAGAAGGCGGCGCGAGGGAUCUCUUUCCUGCAGAUGCUGAGGCUCAACGCUCCCGAGUGGCCAUACAUAUUGCUGGGCAUCAUGGUGGCAGCAGUGAACGGCGCCAUCCAGCCGGUCUUCGCCAUCAUCUUCGCCGAGCUGAUCGGGACGUUCACGCUGCCCACGGAAGAGGAGCAGAGGGAGAAAUCGGUCUUCUGGUGCCUCAUGUUCAUCGCCAUCGGAGGGUCAGCCUUAGUGGUGAACAUCAUACAGGGCUACACGUUUGGGAAGUCCGGCGAGGUGCUGACACGGAGGCUCCGUGAGCGGAGCUUCAAAGCGAUGGUCAGACAGGAGAUCAGCUGGUUCGACAAUCACAAGAACAACACCGGCGCGCUGACGGCGCAGCUGUCCACCGACGCGGCGCAGGUCCAGGGGGCGACAGGCCGGCGGGCCGGCAUGCUGGUGCAGAACGUCUCGGGGCUGGCCACGGGCCUGCUGAUCGCGCUGCUCGUGGGCUGGAAGCUGGCGCUGCUCAUGCUCGCCUUCAUGCCCUUCAUGGUGGGCGCGGGCCUCGUGCAGAGCGUCCUGCAGGGCUCCGAGGCCACCACCAUCAAGCGGGCGUACGAGCAGGCCAGCAAGAUCUCCACCGAGGCCGUGCAGAACAUCCGGACGGUGGCGUCCCUGUGCCUCGAGGAGAAGUUCAGCGGAAUGUUCGAGCAGUGUCUCCUCGAGCCGUACAGGGUCAUAAAGCGCAGGGGCUACCUCUUCAGCGUCACCUUCGGCUUCACCCAGGGCAUCCUGUGCUUCGCGUACGCGGCCGUCUUCCGCCUGGGCGGGUUCCUCGUGGCCCAGGGGGAGCUCACCUUCCAGGACGUCUACAAGGUGUUCGGUGCCAUCAUUUUCGGCGCCUUGGCGGUGGGCCAGGCCAUGGCGAUGGCGCCCAACUACGGCCGAGCCAAGGUGUCGGCGGCUCGAAUCCUGGCCCUGCUGCGGCGCGAGAUGGCCAUUGACAGCUACAGCGAGGGCGGCAUCCAGCCGGACGCCUUCGACGGGGAGCUGCAGCUGAGCGGCGUGCACUUCCGCUACCCGACGCGGCCGCACGCCGAGGUGCUGCGCGGCGUGAGCCUGCGCGUGGCCCCGGGCCAGACCCUGGCCCUGGUGGGUCCCAGCGGCAGCGGCAAGAGCACCAUCAUGCAGCUGCUGCUGCGCUUCUACGACUCCAGCGCCGGCCAGCUGCUUCUGAACGGCGUGGAGGUGAGGCAGCUGAACCUGGGCUGGCUGCGCCGGCAGCUGGGCGUCGUGUCGCAGGAGCCGGUGCUGUUCGGCUGCUCCAUCGCCGAGAACAUCGCGUACGGCGACGUGAGCCGUGCGGUGUCGCGCGACGAGGUCGUCGCCGCCGCCCGAGCCGCCAACCUCCACGACUUCGUCGAGUCCCUGCCGCAGGCGUACGACACGGUGGUUGGCGAGCGUGGCGCCCAGCUCUCCGGCGGGCAGAAGCAGCGCGUGGCGAUCGCGCGUGCGCUCCUCCGGGACCCCCGCGUGCUGCUGCUGGACGAGGCCACGUCCGCGCUGGACGCCGAGAGCGAGAAGGUGGUGCAGGACGCUCUGGAGAAAGCUCAGCAGGGCCGCACCUGCAUCGUCAUCGCUCACCGGCUGUCGACGGUGCGCGCGGCGGACGUGAUCGCGGUGCUGCAGGACGGCGACAUCUGUGAGCUGGGCUCGCAUGAGGAGCUGCUGUCCGCCCGGGGCCUCUACUACCGCCUCGUGGAGGCCCAGAUCCUGUAGCCGGCCCGGCGACACUACCGACUGGGCCCUGUAGUCACGGUGAACCAAUAUUGGCUUCCCCCGGAAGAUGUAUUCCCCCGAGAAAUGGAUAUUCGGGGGAUAUUGGGUAUGGACGGAAGGUGGGAGGGCGGAUAGUUGGGGACGCAUUCUUUGUUCCUCCAGUGGAACGAAUACGUUCUCAGACAAUUAAACGUUUACUCUCCAACACCGGUGUGCUGAAGUAGGAAUUAAUUGGCACAUUUUGUUUACGUGACAAACCUUGAUAAUUGGCUGUGUAGUCGCGGGUUUAACGACACAUUUAUAUUGACGCAAUUUAACCCAAAAAAACCUUUAUUAUGGAAAGUAAACGUUUGUUCCAGAAGCGACCUGGCCACACAUGAUAGCCCAAUUAAGUAGCUUACCAUGUGGGAAUUUCAAGUAGUCAAGCGUUCUCUGGUCUAACAACGUUUGAGACGAGGCUCAAAAGAAGGCUGUCUCUGGUGUGAACCAAUCAGUUUCAAAGACAAUGCAUAUAUUAUCAGAGUAGGUUUUUGUUUGCAU